GCCAACCCUCCACUUGUCUUAAAGGUUACGAGGCCUCUUCUUGGCCACUAUAUAUAUUAGUUCCUUGCCCCACUCCUUUCUCCAAUUGUUAUAUCUUUGUGUUAGUGGCAAGUUGCCAACUCUUUCAGUCCUCGUACUUCCGUCGCUUUUCAUAGACUUUUUCAGUAUAAUUGCUGUGUGGCUACACGGAUUUUUAAAGAUUUUGUUGGGUUGUGGGGUGUGUUGUGUAUGUAUAAUAUAGUCUAAGGAUUUCAGUAUUGUCUUAUCAUCGUACUCCUGCCCGAUAUUUGGAUAGUCAGAAACCUUGGUGUCCGUGAACUGAAUAAGUAAGAAAUGAAAUUUCCAGGAGAUUGGCCAGAACCUAUAGUUCGUGUCCAAUCAUUAUCCGAUAGUGGCAUCACCACAAUUCCCAACAAAUAUGUCAAACCCCCAACAGAUAGGCCAUCGUUAAAUACUUCUUACAAGAAUAUUGGUGUUAACAUUCCAACUAUUGAUCUUCAGGGACUCUUUACUGCUGACGGAAACAUUAAUAAUGCCCAAAAAUCCUCAAUUUAUGAACAAAUUUCAGAGGCUAGUCGACACUGGGGUUUUUUUCAGGUUGUGAACCAUGGUGUUCCCCCUGAGCUUAUGGACAAAGCUCGACAAGUGUGGCGAGAAUUCUUUCACCAGCCUAUGGAAGUUAAACAAAUUUAUGCAAAUACGCCUAAGACUUACGAGGGCUACGGCAGCCGCCUUGGAGUUGAAAAAGAUGCAAUUCUUGAUUGGAGUGAUUAUUAUUAUCUUCACUAUCUUCCUUCCUCCUUGAAGGACCAUCACAAGUGUCCUGCCCUCCCUCUUUCCCUCAGGGAAGUGGUCGAAGAAUAUUCAGAACAAGUUGUGAACUUUUGUGGGUGUUUAAUGAAGAUUUUAUCAGCAAAUCUUGGGUUAAGAGAAGAUGUUUUGCAAAAUGCGUUUGGAGGAGAAGAUAUAGGAGCAUGUCUAAGGGUGAAUUUUUACCCAAAAUGUCCACAACCGGACUUGACCUUAGGCCUUUCCCCACAUUCGGAUCCAGGUGGCUUGACCAUUCUCCUGCCGGACCAGGACGUCGCCGGCCUUCAGGUCCGCCGCAACGGCGAUUGGAUCACUGUAAAGCCAGCUUCACAUGCUUUCAUUGUCAAUAUAGGUGAUCAGAUUCAGGUAUUAAGCAAUGGUAUUUACAAGAGUGUUGAGCAUAGAGUGAUGGUGAAUUCAGCAGAAGAGCGUGUUUCUCUCGCCUUGUUUUACAAUCCUAGAAGUGAUUUGAUGAUAGAACCAGCAAAGGAGGUGGUGACGCCGGAGAAUCCUCCAUUGUAUCCGCCAAUGACCUUUGAUGACUAUAGACUCUACAUAAGGACUAAAGGACCUCAAGGAAAAUCACAGUUACGCCAAUCCAACAAAUCCCCAACAUGACAAAUAAAGUUUUUUUUACAUUUAUAUCUAACCUCCGUGUAAAAAGUUAUUGGGUUCAGUUGCCACUGUUUGCAAGGCUGGCUUUGAUUCAUAAUUUUGUCACUUCAAUUUGAAUUGAGGAUUGACUGGGUCGCGAGGAUUUCGUAUAUACAUGAACGAAACUGCAUUCUCCA